AUGUCUUCAUCAACGCUAGGCUCUCAGUCCUCCUCGAUCUUGGGUCCUAUCACUCCAACUACAGACCUGCUCUACCAGGACAGUCACUCUUCUAAACCGGCCCUUACGGGAUCCUGGACUGCUCCCUUCCGGGACGGUCUGCCAACCCCUCCUAGCGAUAUGACGGGUAUCACCUACAAUGCGAUUCCACCAUCCACCCAUGGAGCCAAGGUUCACGGGAUGCCUUCCCACUACUACAACCCAGUCCGGUCAUUCGAUUCUAUGUCUUCCUCGAUGGUUGCUUCCAUGAAGCCAACAAACUCGGCCCCCGUGAAAGAGGUUACCGCUACUGAACCGGUGCAGAAGAAAUCGACGGGAACUGCCAGUGGUUCAAAUCUACGCAUUCCUUCUUCCAUUAAUGGUAGCAAGGGCAGUCUCGCCGAGUUCGCAGCUCAGAUGACAUGUUUAUUCUGGUUCGAAAAGACAUCUAAAUUGCAAGCCAUCGAAGACCGACAACACCCAGUACCCUCUCUUGUCGCCGAGGCUCUCCCCACUAUGGGUUUCCAAAAGUGGGUGGCAAGCAUUCUCUCUACGACUCAAGUCAGCCAAAAUGUGAUUCUACUCGCUUUACUGUUCAUCUAUCGAUUGAAAAAGUUCAAUGCGGGGGUCAAGGGCAAGAAGGGAAGUGAAUUCCGGCUCAUGACAGUUGCGUUGAUGCUCGGCAAUAAAUUUCUGGACGAUAACACAUACACCAAUAAGACGUGGGCCGAGGUAUCGGGCAUCGCUGUGCAAGAGAUCCACGUCAUGGAAGUCGAGUUCCUAAGCAACAUCCGUUAUGAUUUGUUCGCCUCAGAGGCUGAAUGGGCUCGCUGGCACACCAAGUUGGGUCUAUUCGCUGACUACUUCAAUACCGCCUCGAUGCUGCCCAUCGAGUCUGAGACUUCAUCUCUACGGGUCUCGCCGCCUCGAUUGCAACCCCAGUCACCCUCAUCCAAGUUGCCAUCUCCCCCGUCUGAUAAAUUCCGCGCACAGUCUCAGCCCAACUGGUACAUGCCCGUUCCCGGACUGGCCUAUCCUACUCCACAGUUAGGCGAUGUUGCUGGAGCAUCUCGCAAGCGCACCCGUGACGAUGAGAAUGAGUUGCAGCCCAUGAAACGGAUUGCGCGUCCCAACAGCAAUCUCGGCCUGGCGCCAGCACGUUUGACCAUUCCUUCUAAUGGCCUGGACCCUAUUACUAUUCCCACUCUUCCACCAGUCCUCACACCCACCGCUGCUCCAGUUGCACAAGGCCCGACCAACGGAAACAUUGCUCGUCUUCCUCCGCCCAACCUCAAUCAUACCCCCACAUCUAAUUCGAUGCCCCAGUCGAUUCCUUCGACUGCCGCUUCGCAACUCCCAAUCCCGUCACUUAUGGGUCCAGCUUACAACAGGCCCUCCCACUGGAUGCAACCUCAGCAAAUGCCUUCUGCCGCUGUGCCUCCUGUGGCAUACAAUGUCCCCUCAAUCUCCGAAUUGGCUCGUCACCACCCAAGUCAAUUUACUGUAUCAACUUCAACUGUUUCUCCUGCUGUGUCUGCCUAUUCUGUGCACACCCCACAAACGCACCUUUCUCCAUCCUUCUUCCUCGCCAACCGAAAUUCCCCUUACCGCCCGGUGCGCUCAGUUCACACCUUGUUGAUCCCGCCUCCUUCGACCUCCAUGCAGCAGCAACGCAGUGUUCCCUUCGACCACAUGCAUUACCAGCCUCUAAGCAAGGGAUCUGUUGAUCGCAAGACUGGCCUGUUGCCCUACAUCCCUGCGGAGCCAUGGUUUCAGAGCCAGGUGAACCAGCCAUUUUACACUUCCUCCCAGACCUAUUCGGGUUGA